CGUCAGUUUACCAUCGGCCGCGAAUUGCGAACUUCCUACUUCUCUAAAAUACUGUACUUAUUGCAUUAAAUGGCCCAUUACACACACGUUUUCAUAACACACAAGGCAGUAUGAACACAGAGCAAUCCGCUGAAACCCACUGUAGUGCAAAUAACUGUCCAGUUUCGACUCCGGAAGGGAACGACUUGCAGAAAGGAGCUUUGAAAAGAACUCCAUUCUCAAAGUUUAAGAGAGUACACACCAACUUCAAAUCACCUCUUCAAGUAACUGAGAGUGCUAAAGUUAGCCCCACAGAGGAGGUGGCAGAGCUACAGAGGAGAAGAGAGCAGCUGGACACAGAGAUAGCACAGCUGGAGGCUGAAGGAUACAGAGUAGAGGAGCUGGAGCAUCAUAUUGAUAUGCUGCAUGAAUACAAUGACAUAAAAGACAUUGGACAGUCACUCCUGGGCCGUAUUGCUGCUCUGAGGGGGACCACCACACGAGAUCUCUACAGCCACUUUGGUCUGGAACUUGAUGACUGAAAGAAAAAAGACUGGGGAAAAAAUGUAUGAAAAUACAGCGGUGAGAAUGGUAACUUAGACCAAGGGGAGAGGGGCACAAAGGAAAAAAGGAAAGAACUUAUUGAUAGGAGGAUGGGUUUAGACUAAAGAUGUGACUGGAGGAACUAUGUUGACCUCAACUGGCUCCUUCAGACAGAGGGGAGCACUUUUUUUUUUUUUAUUCUGUUUUCACCUCUUUACACAGAGAGAUUUAAUUUACAGCAAUGCGUAUCAUAUGAGGAAAACAGUGUUAGUCCAGCAGGCAGGCCUGAUAUUUGAAACAGUAAUAUCUAUACAAACUGUUAACCUAAGGCUGUGGCAGAAAACGUAUGGUUAAAAAUUGCUGCAAAAAUAUAAAUGCUAUUGAGACACUACCAACUUUGAAAGCACUUGCUUGUUUUUUACAUUUGAGCUUAUCUAAAUUGAGAAAAGGUUAUGCUUAAUGGCUGCAUAUGUCAGUUAUUACCCGACUUUUGUUUAUGUACAGAAAAGAGGGAAUGCAGGAGUGUCAACUUGAAGUGUAAAAUAAAAUACACCAGCUCUGAGUAUAACAUUUUGAAUGCUGAAGAUAACAUGUAAUAAAUAAGGCACUCAGACCACCACAGAC